AUGUCCUCCAACCCCCCGCCGGUCCCUACCUCUCCGUCCCCAACGCCUACCCUUCAAGGCGACGCGCCCCAGCUCCCCGCCAAAAUGCCUUCUGCCCCAGUUGACAUUGGCAAAUCCGUGGACCUGUCUGACGCUGCCGAGCGCCCGAAAAGCAGCGCGACCGAUACCGGUGGCGCAGAGUUCCCCGCUAGCGAGCCAGGGUUCCCUCAAGUGCAUAUAGUCGACUGGGACGGCCCCGACGACCCUACAAACCCCAAGAACUGGUCCUUCAGGAAGAAAUGGGCCGCCACCGCCGUCGUCUCCGCCUUCUCGUUCAUCAGCCCCGUCGCGUCCGCGAUGAUCUCGCCCGCGAGUGAUCAGCUCGCGGCCGAGUUCGCCAUCACGAACGACGUCGUCCUCGCGCUCGCGACGUCCGUGUUUGUGCUCGCGUACGCCUUUGGCCCGCUCCUGCUCGGCCCGCUCAGCGAGAUCUACGGCCGCGCGAAGGUCGUGCAGAUCUCCAACGUCUGGUUUUUCGCGUUCAACACGGGCUGCGGAUUUGCACAGAGCACCGGCCAGCUCGUCGCGUUCCGCUUCCUUGCGGGCCUCGGCGGCAGCGCCGCCUUGUCCAUCGGCGGCGGCGUCCUCGGCGACUGCUGGCGGCCAGAGGAGCGCGGCCAGGCGAUCGCGGUGUACUCGCUCGCCCCGCUGCUCGGGCCCGUGAUUGGGCCUAUAUGCGGCGCGUGGGUCGCGCAGCUGUCGACCUGGCGCUGGAUCUUCUGGUCGCUGAGCAUUGUGGACGCGUUCAUUCAGUGUUUGGGGCUUCUGUUCAUGCGAGAAACGUUUGCCCCGAUUCUCCUUGAGCAGAAGGCGGAGAGGGUCCGGAGGAGUAUGGAUCUAGAGAAAGGCCGGUCAGUGAAAGUUGUCACCGUUUUUGAUAGUGCGGACAGACACUGGAAGCAUAUCUUCGCCAAAUCCCUCUUGCGCCCAUUCCAGCUUUUCUUCCGCGAACCGAUCAUUCAACUGUUCGGAGUAUACAUGGCCUUUGUGUACGGCACCCUGUACUUGUAUCUCACGACCAUCGGCGGGAUCUUCGAAGGGAUAUACCACGAGGACGUCGGCAUCUCCGGGCUGAACUACAUCGCCCUAGGGAUCGGCCUCAGUGGCGUCUCGCAGAUCAACGCCCGUAUGAUUGACAAGAUCUACAAAUAUCUGUGUGAUAGGAACGGAGGCGUGGGGAGACCUGAAUUCCGGCUGCCGCCCAUGAUCCCGGGCACCAUCCUGCUGCCGAUAGGGCUGUUCAUCACCGGCUGGACGGCAGAGGCACACACCCACUGGAUCGGCCCCGACAUUGGCAUCGUCGUCGUAGGCGCAGGGAUGAUCCUAAAUUUCCAGUGUAUCCAGACCUACGUCAUCGACACCUUUACGCUGUACGCGGCGUCCGCGCUCGCCGCGGUGACAUUCCUGCGCUCCUGCGCGGGAUUCGGCUUCCCGCUGUUCGCGCCGGCAAUGUUCAACGCACUGGGGUACGGUAAGGGCGAUACCGUCCUGGCCGUCAUCGCGAUCGCGAUCGGGUGCCCUGCUCCAUAUCUCUUCUGGAAGUACGGCGAGCGGAUCCGGGCGGCGAGCCGGUACGCGCGCAAAUGA